GCAGAUUCCAACAACAAUAGAUCAAAGCGUUCUAGUAUUGAUGAAGUACUGACAUCUAAGGCCUGCGCCAUGCCCAGACCAGUGGUCACUCUGUCUGGUGGAUUGGAUGUGAUGUGCGACACACAGACAGACGGCGGAGGAUGGACGGUGAUACAGAGAAGAUUCAACGGAUCGACUGAUUUCUAUCGGGGGUGGGAUGAGUACAAAAAUGGCUUUGGUGAAGUUAACGGCGGAGAAUUUUGGCUGGGCAAUGAAAACAUCUAUCGUCUGACGUCCUUAGCGAAACACGAGCUGAGGGUUGAUUUAAAAUAUAAGAAUAAGGACUACUACGCUCAAUAUUCAAGCUUUAGUGUGGGUAGUGAGAUUGAAAAUUAUACGAUAAAAGUUACCGGGUAUUCAGGGGAUGCAGGAGACGCCUUGGUACACCACGAUAACUGCAGAGACAACGACAGAGCCCGCAAUCUAAACUGCGCCAUGAAGUACCGCGGUGCCUGGUGGUACCACGAAUGUCAUAGCGCCAAUCUAAACGGGGAGUGGGGAAACAUUGCGUACGGCAGAGGUGUCACCUGGGAACCGACCUCAGGUCAAUAUAAUUCGGCAACUUUCACCGAGAUGAAAAUAAGACCGAUCUGAGAAACGACUUCGUUUCUCUUUUGACGUAAUGAAA